CUCUGAGUGCACUACGUGGCUUCCAUCAGUGGAGCAAGUAGGAAGGAGUGCAUCAGCUGUCAUGAUUAUCGAAAUGAAUCUAUAUUUCGAAGGUGUGGAUUUAUGAGGACUGCAAUAAGGGUCAGUUUCUGCCGUGGAUGUUACUUAUCAUGUGAUACAAGAGAUGGCCGAACUGGAUCGUAGCCUGACAGCAAUUGACUGGCUGCCGUGCAUGAACGCUCAGCGAGCUGCAGCUCCUGAAGCGAUAGCACCCAUCAAUGCCAUCAAAGACGCAGCCUCCUCCUCGCCUAAUAGGGUCAAAGACGGCAAACCGCCCUAUAGCUAUGCAAGUUUGAUUCGACUUGCAAUCAGCAAUGCACCAAAACACAAGAUGACUUUGUCUGAGAUAUACCAAUUCAUCAUUGACCACUUUCCCUACUACAGAGAAGCAGGGACUGGCUGGAAGAAUUCAAUCAGGCAUAAUUUGUCCUUGAACAAAUGCUUUACCAAAGUUCCUCGUUCAAAAGACGAUCCUGGAAAGGGAAGCUACUGGGCGAUUGAUUACAACUACAGCCAAGACGACGGGUUCUCGAAAAAGAGAAAGAACUCUCAGCUUAUGAGAGCAUCUCCGUACAGUCCAGAGUGCAGCAGUAACAGUAGUGACUACAAUACGGUGAGUCAGAAGCAGCUCAAGAACGCCCCUGGCAUGUCGAUAGACCACCCGAAGCCAGAAUGGGCCUCCUCCAUGCCUCCUCAGCACCAACAGUGGCCUCCGGACGCGCCUGGCCACUCGAUGAUGAAUGGCCACUGGCGGGGUGACUGCGGCCCUCGGGUGCCCCCGGGCCCCACGCCGCACCACCCCAUGCAUCCGCACCCCCACUACCCCCCGGAGGAAAUGGUGCCUCCGAGGGCCCUUGUCGAGGCAGGGUGUCCAGACCCGGCCGCCGAGUACGGACUGGGCGUGUCCGACUCGAGUGAGCUGUCGGCCGUACUUACGGGCAUGCUCACUCAGUUCGGGGUCAAUCCGGGCGCCGAACUGCAAGGGGACCUGCCCGACGUGGUCCCAGCUCAGCAGCAACAGCACUACAGCGGCCUGCCUCCGCAGCAGGACUGCCUGAAGCAGGGACCCAUUUACUAUGAUUACCCGCAGCAGCAUGCCCGCGUCGUCCACCAAGAGGCAAGCGGCCCUUACGAAAGGCAGCACGAGGAAGAGUUCAACUGGGACAAGCUUAUUUGAGUUUGUGUCCAUGGACAUAGGGAAGGUGCCUGCUGGAAGAAGAGAAUCGUCGAAAGUCCACCCUCCCCUGGAUAAUGCAAAACACACCAGCAGUAGAAGCCUCAUGUUUCAAACUAAAAGUUAAAUAACGGCUGAUGGAUUGAGCAGAUUUUUACAACUGGCACUCUUAAUAAUUUCUGCGAAAUUUGCCAGUUUCAGAUUGGACAAAUUUUUAGUGAAACCGCAAAUUUGCUCAUUCCGGACGCCGAAAUUGAUAUGAUAGGAGAAGUUGUCAUGCCUUAAACAUCAUUACAAAUUAGCAUUGCAUAUAUAUUGAGAUGAAGUACAAUCAUCGUAGUACACUAUUAAGUUUCUCUUUGAGGAUGAGUUGGUUAUCUGAGACGAUAUGUCUGUUACGUUUUAUGUGAUUGGGUUGUGAUGUUGAAUGCUGUUGAUGGCUUGCUUCUAGAGAACUGCGUCAGUUCUGAACAGGCAUACAAGAUUGAUAUAAUUGACAAAGAGUAUCUACAGAUACAAACGAUUUUAUUUGAUUUUUUUGUAUGUAAACUGGUCUAUGUUGUAGAUUUAAAUUUUGAGUACCUUGCUAAUUUUAUCGGCUCUUGGUAAUCCGUUGGAAAAUUGUUACACCUUUCUCUUGCGGCUAGCUGAAGAGAGAAGGAGCAACUUGAGGUUCAAAUGUCAAUUUUGUUACAGAAACAAAACAAAAACAUGAAUUAACAGGCCAGAUUAGUUGCUCCGACCGCGUGCUACCUGAAGAACAAAAUUUUUUGUCACCAGUACAAAGCAUCUUGAUGUGCCGCGUUGAAUUUGUGUUUUCUUCUAUCUUCUUCUUUACUUAAAAGGCCACAAAAAAGUUAAAGGCAAUGUCAUAUUUGUUAAGUUGCAAGUGGAUGAACUGAGAGUUGCUCAAACAGUACUUCUAGAGCUGGAAUACUCAUCCCUCCUUACCUCUCUUACACUUAUUUUUCGUUCUUACUAUCGAUUACAUUUCAGGCAACAUGUUCCACCCACCUCUAAUCCCUGCCACAAUUUUUAUUCAGUUAUUUAUUAAUGUAUUAACUCAAUUUACUGUUAUUUACGUACUGAACAUCCCCAGAGUUCUCAGCGCACCGCAGGCCCAGAGGCUGAUAUUGUAUUGUUAUGUUAGAUGGGCCUGACCUGAUACCUCAUUUUGUCCCUAAAGUCAAAUCAUACAAUAGCCAGUCUGCUGCCAAUUAACCCUUUCCCCCGAUAGUUUUGACUCAAUAUUUGCUUAAACCCCCUGAUGAUUUUGACUGGGUUCUCGAAAGAUUUAAACCAAAAAUAUUUGUAUAUUAUAUCUAUAGUGCAAGUCAGAAUUUUUGGGUCAUUCCUGAGCCUAUUGCAGUACUCGAUUAUUUUAAUACAUUCUUCACUUAACCACAUUCAACCUUCUUUACAUUAUUUUAUUAAGUCACAGAGGACUGGAAGGUAAAGAAUCAAUAGACAGUAUAAUUUAUAUAUGCUUACAACAAUUUUAAGUGACUAGUCAAGCAUGUUUUCUAUAAUCCCAGUAGACAUCUUUUUUAUGAUCACUAUAUCAGACUGCUAAGUACCUUUUGUUUUUUGUAAUAUCCAUGCGCAAGUCAGUAUCAAUCCUGUCCGCCGUGCAUGAUUCUCACAUUAUAUUGAGCUCGACAGGAAUUUCAGCUGCCAAUACUUAAUUAAGUCAGUACAAACAUAUGUCGGGGAAUUAUAAUUUACUUCUUAUGAUUGUCAUCUGUUUGAAAUGCUCCAUUUACAAUAAUUUGCAACUCCCUUGUUUCAGUUUUCCAUUUGUAUUUAGCGUAUUUUUUAAAUGAUUAUUUUUGCUUCUUGGCUAGCAUCAGAUAGAUUUUUAUUAUGUAUAUUCUACGUAUUAUUAUUAUUAUUAUUUAUUUUGUAAUGCGCUAUAUAGCUUUUAUGAUUGUAUACGGGUUUAGUACUUUAAUGAAAUAUAAAUCUCCGUCUCUCUCUCUCUCUCUCUCUCUCAUUUUAAAGGAUGUGUUGGGUCAGUUAAAAGGGGGGAGUUGAAAAUAGUAUUACAACAAAUUCUAUGGGUAAUGUGCAAUCUCAGUAAAAUUUUCAAGGGUCCUCUUCUAAUUGACUUCUAUGCGGCCUGUCCACAUUAUGGUUUUUUUUUUUUUUUAAAGCUCCUCAGUUAUUUUUAUUACAAUUCCCUGUUUAGUUAACUGGCAAGUAAUAAUUUAUUUGUCCUUUUUACACACAAUAACUACAUUUUUGUUACAAAACUCGUCCCUCCAAAUGUGAGAUUCACUCUCGCUGAAGAUCCACAAUUUUUGUUUAAUCGCGAGCAAUCAGUAAAUUCAUUCUGCAUCCCUCAGAGAUUAAUUCUGACACUCUCUGUCAGUAUUAAAACGGGUGCCAUAAGCAGGAAAAUGGCAUUCAAAACUUAAUCAUUUAGUUUGCUAUAUUGAUAAAAAAAAAAAACGCGUACUUUUGUGAAAUUGCGAGUGAAAAUGUAUUUGCUAGGUUGCAGGGUUUCUGCUUCCUCUCUUUUGUCGUGCAAUUUAGUUUGGCAUUACAGUUAAAGAAACGCAUCUGUCUUUAAAUUUUAGAUUUUACGGCACCUUUGAACAAGGCGAGGGUUGUUAAUGGUUGAUAGAUUAGAAAAGAGAGAAGCACCUUCCGACUUCGGAAUCAAGCUUCUUGGGCAGGAGGCAAAAUUCGUAGAACAGUGCAAUGAUUAAUAUUGGUUAAUUGUUCAUAGUUAUUGAGGAAACUUCUCUGAAACAAUUAACAACUGUGAUACAACAACAUGUGGUUUAAUUUUUUACAAAGCUUGCAAAUAUGUUAGAAGCCCUUAAAUUUGUAUGUUGUUCUUAUGCAGUAUCAAUAUGUUGAAAAUAUGAAUUGUCCAUCGUUAAUUGGUUUUGUGAAUGUUUUUUGAGUACAACAAUAUUUGAUAAUGUUUAAACUGAUUCAUUGUACAAGUGCGGUCAUGAGAAAAAAUAAUCCAAUAUAAAAUUUCAUCUCUUGGCCAGCUUAACUUCUGGAUACGCUUUCUCUUUGUAUUUUGUUUGUCCGAAUUAUCAUCAAGAAUUAAUUUGAAACAAUCCACAGCAAUGUAAAGUUCCCUGAAAUUUGUAUUGAACGUAAAAAUUACAGUAUGUAUAUGAGCUUGGGCUAUUCCGUUGAUCCCAAAUCACUGUAUAAAAGUAGCAGCAAUAAUCAACUUAAUGAGAAGUUCACAUUUUUUUUCACAUUUAACUAGGGUGAUUUAUCCAAGUUCAAAAUAAUUUCCCUUUGUUAUUCAAGUUCUGUAAAUCCCAAAAAACAAUCUAAUCAUAAAAAUAUUCCCAUUUUGUUCUAUGCUGCCUUUUAUAUAUUCUCUUGUAAUUAGAGAUUAACACUGAAAACUCGAAACUGCAACUCUGUUAUUAUAUUAUUCACAAAAUAAUUAGCCUGAUUAAAGCAGGCACUCUGGUGGAUUAGGCCAUAUUUUAUUGUUAUAGCCAUUGCGUUGAUAUGGCCCUCAUAAACGAGUAUUAUUUGUAUUAUCACAACAAUUACAAAUGCCCCUCUAGGUGCAUUGAGGAUUUAUGAAGAAAAAAUCUACCGGUGCCUUCUCAAUAGGCUACUAUCGCGACUGACAAGUGUAGACCAAUGUUGAACUUAGACACAAUGAAUAAUUCUGGGACAUAUUCCAGAGAGUUAGAAUUAUCGUCACGAGGCAAAGGAAGUUUUCAAUUACACAUGGAGAAUCUGCGAGUGUUCUGUUAUGCCCCUUCAAAAAUGCAAAGCUAGAAAUUGGUUAAAAUUCUGGAAAUGAAUAUGAGCUCGCCUGUUGAAUGUAAAUUUAUUAUGGGUUUUAUAACAUAAUUAUUGCGUAGCGCUCUUGCAAAUUUGAAGUAAAUAUAAUGCAGGUUGCACAUGUUAAAAGUGCAACGAUAACCAAAGCGCCCCUCACUAUGCUCCGAUUUACUUGAGGCACUCCAAUGCUGAAAAAGACGAAGUCUCUCUAAAGCAUUAAAGUAUUAAAUUGAUUUCUACAUUAAUCAGAACAAAUUUUUCUUGGAGUUAAAAUUCUUGUCGUGUUCAGCAGGAUAACCUCAUUUUUUACAAUCUAUUGAAUUUGUCAAAAUUUACACCGUACAUGUUUUGAAAAACUCUUAUCAUUUGGAAAAGUUCUAAUGUUUGUUAAGCGAACGACCAACAUUCUGUCAUUAAAUGUGCGCAAUUUGGGUAUGCUUGAGAAUGAAAAAAAAAUUAAACUAAAACAUUUAAAUGAUAAUUAUCAAAAUGUGAAAAAGGGGUAACACAUCAUUGCUGGCAUUGUAAAAUUUGAACCGGUCAGUGUUUUCUGGUUCAAAAGAAAGAAAGUGCCACACGCUCCCUUUUUCAUUGUGGACCUCACAUGAUAAUUAAAUUUUACAUCUCGAUUCAACAUAAUAUUUAUACAAGAUAUGAACAUAAAUGAAUGAUCUGUUUUGCACGAAUUGUUUAUUAUAAAUGUGUUUUAAUAAAGAUAACUUUGGUAUUUAUAAA